AUGUCGCAUCAUAAUCCUCACGACGACUGGCUACACCGAUUUAACAUGAUCUGCCGAGCGAACAUCGCGAACAGCCGAGCGAAUCUCGACAACAGUCGAGCGAACAUGCAAGCUGUCCGCCUUCUCGAUACCAUCUUCCAGCAACGAAGGCUACACAAUCAGCAACAGCACAUGCUGGGGAGAGUCUCGAGGCAACGCGACCCGCUGGAGCUUCUCAGAGCUUCUCAACCAGGAGAUUAUCAGGAUGGAACUGCCGAUGGCCUAGCGAGGCGGGUUGAAACCACGGUGGACGAUGUGGUCGACUUUCCGCAAGAGGAAAGACCUGAGACGACCUUUCUAGCCAGGCUUGAUGCUUACGAAGAGUCUGUCAAAGAGCUUCGUCGCGAGAACCCCAACGACGCCGAAGCGACCAAAGCAGAGUUCAAAGAGGUAUCGGACCGAUUUCUCCUCACUAUCAAGGCCGACCAUGAAACGGUCAGGUUCAAUACUACAGUUCGCGAACGUGCCGCCUUUCGUCGAAUCGACGACUUCUACGAAGAACUAUUCGGUAGAGAGGAGACCUCGAUCGAUCAGUCGCACUACGGCAACUCCAGCGUGUCUCUGGAGAAGUCUUACAACCUCCAACACAGACUCGAACCGAUUCAGGUCGACCAGAAUGUUUCAGCCGGGAUGAAUCGUAUCUACCACCUCACAUCCAACUUGGCGUCAGUUGCUAUGAGCGGUCAGUCCGUCCAGAGUGAAGGGACUCCUUGCUACAUCUCAACUCCGAACAUCAAUACGUACAUGCGGACUAGGCCGGAUCAAGAUCUCUUGACUGUACCUACUGCCUCUCAUCGCAUUCAACCGUCUUCGCAUCAAGGUUCUCGCAGCAUCGCGUCUCCUCAGAUCACACAAAGCGGACCUACACCUUCUGAACCCUCCUAUGCCGGUCAAGAUAGAGAUGUUGAUUUCAACCAGUACCGUAGAUCUACCAUCUUGACUUGA